GAAAGCGAGGAAAGGGCGGAAGCUGACGAAGCUAAAGAGCGGCUUACCAUUAGGAAGGUGGAAUUGGAGGAUAUGAUUAGCGAAAUGAGUGCGAAACUUGAUGAAGAUGAAGAGCAACUUGAGAAGCUCUCUGUGGAGAAAAAGAAAUUACAGGAGACUGUCAGGGACUUGGAAGAACAGCUGGAGGAGGAAGAACAAGCAAGACAAAAGUUAAUGUUGGACAAGGUGAAUGUCGAUCAGAAAUGGAGGAAGUUGGAAGAAAAGCAUGCCGAAUUAGUUGAUGCAUAUGACAAGCUAAUGAAAGAAAAAAAGAACAUGGAGGACCGAACUGCGCAGCUUUCUAAGCAGGUGUUAGAAGAGGAGGAGAAGGCGAAACAUAUAGGGAAGCAAAGGUCGCGAAUUGAAGGGCAGUUUCAUGAAUUGGAGCAAGAAUUACAGAAGGAAAAGAAUGCCAGAUUAGAACUUGACAGGCUUAAAAGAAAAUUGGAUGCAGAAAUGGAUGAGCAGAAGGAGUCCGAUGAAGACAGCGCGAACAAUGUUUCACUCCAAAAACAGAUCAGAGAGUUAGAAUCACAGUUAGAUGAAAUAAAAGAAGAUUUAGAAAAUGAGAAGGUUUUGAAAGCUAGAGCUGAAAAAACACGAAGGGAGCUCAAUGACGAAUUGGAAACCUUACGAAAUGAAUAUAUUGAUGCAACUGAUAAAACCGCCGUUUCACUUGAGAUCCAGAAGAAAAAGGAUGAAGAAUUACGAGACCUUAAACUCGCUCUUAACUCGGCUGUCUCAAUUGGAGAAGCGAAAAUUGAGGAACUUAAGCAAAAGUACCAGCGGCAAGUUGAAGAGCUUACCGAACAGAUUGAACAGCAAAGACGUUUGCGAGCUCAAGUAGAAAAAUCUAGAACAGUGCUAGAUGCGGAAAAAACCGAAGUCGUGAAUGAACUUACGGCCUUACAGACGGCUAAAGCAGAAUCUGAAAAGAAAAGGAAGCAGGCAGAUGCUGUUGCUCUCGAACUCCGAGCACGUUUGGCAGAAUAUGAAGCAAGCGAGUCUGAUGCACGACAGCAGCUUUCUAAGACACAAAAUGAACUCGAGUUGCUUACGAAACAAAAAGAAGAUGACGAGCAAAACGUCUCGGCUUUGAUGAAACGGAUUUCCUUGCUGGAGCAGGAGUUAACGGAAGUGAAGGAUCAGCUUCAGAAUGAAACGAAGCAUAAGCUUGCAACGCAGACUCGUGUACGGCAGCUUGAAGAUGAACUUGCUGAGUCUCUUGAGUUUAGAGAGGAACUUGAGUUCAAGAAGGCCGACUUCGAAACGCAAAUAGAAAACAUGAGAGCAGCUCUUGCGGAAGCUCGUAGGAAGUCGGAUGAGGGAGCCUUGCAACAAAUGGAAGAGUUGAAGAAAAAAGCUCAGAAGGAUUUAGAAGGUGCACAGAAAAUGUUGACUGAGAUGGAAGUAGCCAAGGAGCGUGCGGAACGGUCGAAAAAGAAACUGCAGCAGGAAGCAUGUCUUUUUUUCAUAUCGAUCUUGAUGGAUGCUGAUAAAUUCAAAUAUAUAUAUUUUGAAGCACUCGCGACUCAUGCUCGCGACUUAGAAAGGAAGCAGCGGCGCUUUGACCAAGACCUAGCAGCUGAAAGAGCUAAUGUACAGAAGAUGUGCAACGAACGAGAUGCACUGGCUCAGGAGUCACGGGAUAGAGAAACAAUAAUUUUAUCUUUGAAUAAUGAUAUUGAAAGUCUUCGGGGUGAACUGGAGGAGUCUGAGAGAGCAAAAAGAAUGUUGCAACAGGAGCUUGAUGAGUCGGCGCUAAAAACAGAUCAGGAAAGACAGUUGGCGGCUAAAGAGCAGGAAGCAGAAGAAAAGAGAAAGUCAUUGUUGAAGCAGAUCCGUGACUUAGAGGACGAGCUUGAAACAGAACGUCGAAGCAAGAGUGGUGCUGUCUCCCAGCGAAAGAAAGUGGAAUCGCAAAUGGGUGAACUUGAGCAGCAGCUGAAUGUGGCUAAUCGGUUAAAGGACGAUUACAAUAGGCAGUUAAAGAAGUUUCAGCAGAUAACAAAAGAGCUGCAGUAUGAUGCAGAAGAAACACGGCAAGCCAAAGAGGAACUAGCUACAACAUUGAGGGAUGUUGAACGGAGGCUUCGGUCUAUGGAAUCAGAAAAUACGCGUCUUAUCGAGGUAAAUGAGGACUUACUUAAUCAGAAGAGGCAACUAGAGGCAGAAAAAGACGAACUUGAGGAAAUGCAGGGUGCGGAAGGUGAUAUGAGUGCUGAAGAAAAAAGAAGAUUUGAAGUUAAAAUUGCAUCUUUGGAGGAAGAAUUAGAGGAGGUGCAGAGCAACUGCGAGGUUGCGUUGGAUAAACAAACGAAAGCUCAAUCACAAGUCGAACAGCUUACGACUGAGCUUUCGUUUGAGAGGUCUGUAUCGCAGAAAUUGGAGGGCGAGAAACAGACCCUUGAGAGGACUAAUAGAGACCUAAAAGAGAAGAUUGCUGAGUUGGAAACAUCUGCUCAAAUGCGAUCCAGGGCGCAGAUUGCCGCACUUGAAGCCAAGAUACAGUUUUUGGAGGAACAAUAUACUGCAGAAGCUCAGGAAAGAGCAAACAUUUCUCGUCAGUAUCGGCGUGUUGAAAGAAGGCUCUCAGAAGCACUAAUUCAAGUAGAAGACGAGCGUCGAAAUACUGAGCAGCAUAAGGAACAGGCUGACAGAGCUAAUGUUCGUGCGCGUCAGCUGCGGCGUCAGCUAGAUGAAAUUGAAGAGGAAAUGUCUCGUGAACGAGUAAAGUCUCGCAACUUACAACGAGAGAUAGACGACUUGACAGAGGCGAAUGAAUCGUUGCUGCAAACGAAGAACUUGAGAAGACAACCGAGGCCGAGCCGGGAUAAUUUUAGCGGAUCAGAUGCGACAGACGAUUUGAAACGUGGUACUCCGUUGAAGGAGUAA